GAAUUUCUUUUUUUUCUGGGUCAUGCCUUUGGCACCCUCUUUAUUUCUCUCUCUUUACUUCAAUGAGACAAAGCUACUUCAGUUUGGAGCACAAACAUAUGAUCAGCACAUGGAAAUGUGGUAAUCUGGAUGCAGGCAUGAUUGCAACCGAUUGAAGAAAUUAAACUAAAAAGCCUUUCUGGAGAGGAGAGAAAGGCUGCAGGCAGCGGGGUUAAGUCCAAUUUGGGACACUCGGAUGCUAAAAAUAUCAUAUAGUCAUGGAGAGGGACCGGAUAACAGCUCUGAAGAGAUCCUUUGAAGUUGAGGAAGUAGAUCAGUCGCAAAAUUCUUCCACUCCUCAAAGACGGACACCCAAUCCUCUUGUUAGGUCCGCAGUAUCCAGCUCUACCCAGAAAUUCCAGGAUCUCGGCACCAAGAAUUCUGAGACCCCUUCCAGACAUGUGGAGUCUCCUGCACCAAGAUCACCCAAAUCCUCUCUGAGGAGAGUUGAUCUUUCUGGACCAAAACAUCCUGAGCCAGUGUCCAGAAGAACAGAAAUCUCCAUUGAUAUUUCAUCUAAGCAAGUGGAGAACUCCACGUCAGGAGCAUCAAGAUUUGGCCUCAAGAGAGCAGAUGUGUUGGGGCAUAAGCCUCCUGAGACUGCUACAAGAAGGACUGAGAUCAAUAUAGGCAAACCCCAGGAUCAAGCUCUUCGCAGAAUGGAAGUUCCCUCAAAGAUCCCUGAGCCAACACAACGGAGAGUGGAAGCCAAUAGUCCACCAGUGCCAGAUGCUGCCACCAAACGUGUGGAAAUCCAGGUACCAAAAUCUUCAGAGGUUCCAGUUCCACCAGUUAGACAGAUUGAAAAUGUGGAGAUUUUCCAGACCAAUCAGCACCUGCCACCAGAACCAAAACUUCAGUCAGCAGUGGCUGAGAUUCCACCCAAAAGCCAAGAAGAGGCCAUUCCCAGCUACCCAGGCAGCAUGACAGACACCCCUCGAGAUGCUGCCCUUAAGCAAGCCGCACCGGCACGGACGGAGAAACCAAUGGCUGACUUUGCCUAUGUUGGGAUCGAUGCCAUCCUUGAGCAGAUGCGGAGGAAAGCCAUGAAGCAAGGGUUUGAGUUCAACAUAAUGGUUGUCGGUCAGAGUGGCCUGGGAAAAUCUACCCUAAUCAACACCCUCUUCAAAUCAAAAAUCAGCCGCAAAUCUGUGCAGCCAACUUCUGAAGAGCGUAUCCCCAAGACAAUAGAAAUCAAGUCCAUCACACAUGAUAUUGAGGAAAAAGGCGUCCGUAUGAAACUGACUGUCAUUGACACCCCAGGUUUUGGAGACCACAUCAACAAUGAGAACUGUUGGCAACCCAUUAUGAAGUUCAUCAAUGACCAAUAUGAGAAAUACCUCCAGGAGGAGCUCAAUAUUAACCGGAAGAAGCGGAUACCAGACACCAGGGUCCACUGUUGCAUAUACUUCAUCCCUGCUACUGGUCACUCCCUCCGGCCGCUGGACAUUGAAUUCAUGAGGCGUCUGAGCAAAGUGGUCAACAUUGUGCCUGUCAUCGCCAAAGCAGACACGUUAACACUCGAGGAGAGGGACUACUUCAAACAAAGGAUCACAGCGGAUCUCCUGGCCAAUGGCAUUGAUGUCUAUCCACAGAAACAGUUCGAUGAGGACUCCGAAGACAGGCUAAUAAAUGAGAAAUUUAGAGAAAUGAUUCCUUUUGCGGUGGUGGGCAGUGAUCAGGAAUACCAGAUUAAUGGCAGACGAAUUCUGGGAAGGAAAACAAAGUGGGGAACAAUUGAAGUUGAGAAUACAACGCAUUGCGAAUUUGCUUACUUGCGGGAUCUUCUGAUCAGGACACACAUGCAAAACAUCAAGGACAUUACCAGCAGCAUCCAUUUUGAGGCCUACAGAGUCAAACGCUUGAACGAAAGCCAGAACAUGCUCUCCAACGGCGUGGCUGACAAGGAGGACUUGGUGGCCAAUGAAAUGUAACACUCAUGACCUAGCUAGGACCCAGAUCUCUCUCCCUCCCAUUCUGUUUUCUCUCUUAAAAAAUACAUAUAUAUGUAUAUAUAUAACCCCUCUGCUGGUGCCACUGUUCUUCCCCCCUCCCCUACCAUUGAUACCCACGCUGCUGAAUCUAACUGACCAAAUAACAAUAUUUUUCUUCUCUGUAACAAAUGUAGCGUCUCACUCUUUGCCAGCCUUCGUGGCAUGAAACAUCUAUUUCUGUGCUUCCAUGUAGUGGGUAGUUGGGUGUAGUAAUGGGUGACCAAACCAUUGAAGAGAG